CGUCGCAUAGCCUAGCUAGCAGAAGCUAUCGCGUUAGCUGGCUGGAUGUGCCACCGAGAUGCUCCUGGGAGCACGUCCAGCUCACCGUCCCGAGGUUGGGGGUUUGAGUCCGCUCUUUCGGGAAAAGCCUGGUGAGAAUCGUCCUCCGACCCUUCGCUGAUGUCUCUUCUUUCCUCAGCUUUUCAUCCGCCCCUGCUGCUGAAGGGGAAAAAAUGAUUAGGAUGAAAAUCGGUGGUUGGUCCACGUGCUUUGGAUGCUCUGACUUCUUCUUCUCGUGUGGCUUUUUCAGAAAUAACCUGAUAAAAGAUUUACUUCGUUGCUCAAGUUCACACUUGAUGAGUGGUAAGCACUCCCGAGACACAACUCUUUGUUUACAAGCCAUUAAAAUUACAAUGCGUCAUUUUUGGCACCUUGCGCUGUUGCGUUUUUGUUUUGAGGAAAGUGUGUCAUGGUGCAUUCGGGGAAGAUGGGAAAUUGGGCUUCUCUUGCGACUAGAAAAAGUGCACGACAACUUCAACAACAUCGAUUGUGUUGACAGAAAGGAAACCCACAACAUAUAGGCUAUCGCGGAUUUUUCUUAAUAGUAUUAAUCAUUUGGAGCGUAGUCUGUAAAGUUACGUCAUAGCGUUCAGGAUUUAAAAGUUAAAAACGGGUAGGUACCAUUUGCUAGUCAUUUGGCCCCGCAGCGUCACUAAACGUGACGAAGGGUAGAUGCAACCAAUUAGAUUUUGGAAGCUGGCAUCUGGCGAAUCGCGACAUGGCAACCUCUCAAGUUUGGGCCAAUGAGUUUGUUGUUGUUAACAGAUCUGACCAAUCACCGUCGAGGAGGCGGUUUCUCGUUCAAGGAGCGCGAACGGUUAAGAAUCUCCGAGGACGACAAAAUGGCGAGCAUCGAGUGACUUUGAAAAGUUUUACUUUAUACCAGGAAUGUAAACAAAAAUCCAUUAUUAUUUCCGAACUUUGCUUGUUUUGUUGCUUUGUUAGGACGAUAGAGUUGGAGCAUGUGAACCCGUAAAAGAAGAAAAUAAGUAUCGUUAUGUCAAAGUGAGUCGCGGUCACGAAUAUGCUAGCCGGCUAGCAUGAAAUGUCAACAUUAGUUUAUCUAAAAAUGUCUGACAUGAAAUGGCAGACGAUGGAUGGAUUAAGUUGAGCGUGGACGGCUUGCAGGGUACACUUGAUGUAAUGGCGUGUCGUCGAAGAUAAUAGCCAGUCACUGCUUGACGGAAUGGCUUUACACAACCUGGCUUUUGUCGUCGACGUGGAUUCCGGAGAUCAACAAUCAAGCGAUCGACUAGAAAUCAGGAAUCAUCAAUUGAAAUGUGGAAUUUUGCACAUCUUGCUGCACUUCGGCUUCAAGUAUGGCUUCGACAAAGUACGCUGGGGUUACAAAUUCUUCCAAUCCGCGACUGGCCCAGGUGCCAGCCUGAAAACGAGGGGCUCGGACUUCAAGGAGCUUCUCCACAAAACAUUUGAGGACUUCAGCGUGGAAUUCGAUGCCAAGUUUGACGGGAGAGAGAAACAACGCGCGUCCCAGCAGCAUUGCAGCCAAUCUGCCUCUGUGCAAAACGCCCUGAAAGAAAUCCUGCUAGACUUCCAAUGGGACCGACCAGACCUCACCUCUCCCACCAAACUGUCCCUGAGGCCCAGGAAGACGAGGCGAGCUGCACCUUUACCAGAGGAGGACCUUCUUAUAAACCAGGCGAGAAACGUGGUGUUUAUUGUGGCAGACUGUCCACGAACUUGGACACAACUGCUGGACUACCUCAGCUUGACGAACCUUGACACGAGUGCGGAGGUGUCGGAGCACAUUCUAUCCAAAAGUAUCCAGGACAUGCUGGUUCAGAGGCAGGUUGUCCUGCACUGGGUGGACAGUACAUCGCAUGGGAAUGAGGUGCAAUGUGGGGACCACUUGGGCGUUGACAAGUUAGCCCAGGCCUUGGCACAAGUACGUGGCAAAGUGCUCCCCGCCGUUGCACUCCUGAACCGCCGCUGGACUGAGAAUUCACACUCCAACGUCGGGAAUGACACUUUCCUUUUCCGGUCCAGUCUUGGAUAUUUGCUGUCUUCCGAAAGGGAGUACCGCCUUGCUUUUCCUGCCACGGAGGGCACUCUGAAACUGGACACAGGCGACGUUGCCCACAGCUGUGCUGUCAAUCUCGAACCGCUGUCCCGCAGACAGGCACCUCUCGCCGAGGGCGUGGAGGUGUGUCUGAAGGGUGUGCUGCAGGGCUGGGAUGCUUCGUCACUGUCGCGCGCCUCCGCAGAGUCAUGGCUGCUCCGGUGCUCCAACACCAGCGAGGAAGGUGCCGCUUCCUUCCAGCGCGCACUCGUGGAGUUGUCGACUCGUUCGCUGCACAUGUUUGCUGAGGUGCGCCACAGCGGCCAGUCGUCCUCGGCCGUCCUCUCCCCCUGGUCCAACUUUACCGCUCUGCUCACCGUCCCCCGACCCGCCGACACUCGGCGCCAUCACCUCGGCAACAUCGACACCAUUUCCAACAGCGGCACCGAUGAAAUCUCAGCUGACCUUCCAGAAGUUGUCAACAGUGUGCUGGGCAUCGUAUAUGAAAUGAUGGAGCGAGACGGUGACGGCGCCGAUGAGCAGCCAGAUGUUCCAUACGUGGUUCCCGAGUGGGCCCGGCAGGAACUCGGUCGUUGCUCGCCCAGAGUCGGUUUGUGCGAGACUUGGUUUCCGCAUUCAGAUCACUCGGGAGUGACUUCCCAUCUGAUGGAGUCUUUCAGGUUGCUUCAUGCGGCGCCCGACCAAAGAGAGGAAGAGGAGCUUCUCUUCCAGACGGAGCUGAUCAGUGAUCUGGCAGAUCUGUAUCAGGCAUCAAAGGCUACCGAGAGCAAAAACGGCAAGAAACGAGGCUCACAGCACACUCCGAUGAAGCAAAAGAUGAAGAGCAUGAGCCGCUCGUUGCAGAUGCUCAACGUGGCGCGGCUCAACGCAAAGGCCCACAAGUGGCGGGCCGACGAAGAGCCGGCGGCCGCGCCGGCGGGAAAAGGGGCGGAGAGAGCGGCCAAGAGACGCUCGAGUGACAAGAACAAAGCCGAAGGAGUCGACGUCAUCCUCUUUACCAGUCAAGCCGAGCUGCUGUCCCACGUGCGGUGCGUCUAUGAGAAAAGCAACGCCGAGAGAGCCUCGUCUGUCCUGGAUGCCGCUCAGCAGAUCUCGGCUGCCGUAAAAAGUUUCCUGCUGGCAAAAUCCCAACCGCGGGUCGACGCCGUUCCGUUUUGCCAGCAGCACCUUUUGCGGAGCAGCGGAUCCAUCAGGCGGGCCUACAGCUCCCAUGCCGAUGUGGAGAGCAAAGUGCGAGAGUGUCAGCUCCAGGCGCUGCUCAGGUUGGAGUUAUGCAAACUUUUCUCCCCGGAGGAGGUUGACGGGCUGGAUGCUGAACAGAUGGCAGAGGAGGUGGCUGAAAUGCUCCGAAUUAUAUCCCUAACAAAAGACCCGGCAUGCCUCGCAAGCUUCCUUCAGGAUGAAGUCCUCCCAGCGUUCUUGACGGCCAUCCCGAGGGUCCUCGCCGAAAUUUAUCACAGUCUGGGCACGCAGCCUCCCGAGGCCUUGCUGGCCGUCCUACCGGCGGACUUCUUCAGCGACGAGUCGCUCGCCAGGGACAGCGUUUCUCCGUCGCCCUCCUCGCCCCGCCCCUCUGCGCGUGACUCGCUUUCCAACUGUAGCGAUCGCCUGCACGAUCUGCGUCAUCGCUCUGCUAACAAGAGGAGGAGCGGGAUGCUGACUCGUCAUCGCAGUCUGACCGAAUCCUCACAGAGUCUACGCCAGAUAGAGAUGCCAAAAAAGACGACACGGGCUUCCAGAUCAAAAGUUUGUCCGGCUCCGGAGAAACCAGUCGCAGUACCGCAACCCCAAAAGCAACAAAGCCACGAGGUUACCAAAGUAAGAAGAAACCUGUUCAGUCCAGAGGCCGCGUCUCCGUCCAAGAAGAGCAAACUUUCCCGCAGCCAGUCCGUCUCCGCGGUGGAAGGCCCGAAGCGCAAGCGAUCGCACAAGCACGAUGAGAGGCACAGACUCAUCACAACCAAAGUAUGUGAGACGCCCCACCACAAGCAGGUGUCAAAUCGGCUCCUGUACCAACAAAAAAUGGGGCGAAGCUCCGUCCUAAACGAGGAUUGUGUUGUGGAGGAGUCGCCGCUCAAACCCGCCGAAGAGGUCCGAAGGAGCCCGAGGUUAAAGGACUUUGCCAGGAGACACUCCAGCACUUUUUAUUCGCGUUCCCAACGGCGGUCGCGCAACCUGGAGAGGGCGCUCUCCGCCUCCCGGCUUCCGCUCGGCGAAGGCGGGACCGGCGAUGUGGACGUUGAAAAAGUCCGCUCUCCCGUGAGGCUUCUCUUUAGCGCCGCCCGGUCUCCCGCCCGUCCUUCCACUUCGACGGGCUCGACGCGGAGCGGCGCCACUCGGCUGUCUGCGGACUCCAGUGUCUUUGAGAGUCCCAGCAAGACACCGGAAAAAACUCCCAAAAGAUGCGGAGUAGCGACCCCGAGAACACCGAAAAGAUGCGGAGUAGCGACCCCGAGAACACCGGCAACCCCCAAAACCGGGCCGUCUUCCAGGCCCCGGGUUCUCCCUGCCGCCGAGAGCCCCGUCGGACAACUUGCUAUGGACCUUCGGGGCAGUCCUUUCAGAUCUCCCGCCAGAAAGACUUUGGUGCCGGAGACGAGGCCACUGAAGGGAAUUCUCAGGACUCCUGUCAAGUCUUCGGAAGCGGAGCCUUUUUCCUUCACGUUACAUUCACCGUCCGCCACUCCCAAAAAGAUGGUCUCUUGGUCUCCGUCCCCGCGGAAGAAACGUAGCGCGGCGGACGAUGCCGUCGCUGCGCCGACGACGUCCCGUCGUUCACCCAGAUUGUUGAAGACUGCGAAGCGGUUCUGCAGCCCGCCGAAAAGCCCCAGCGACAUGCCGGGGACUUUCAAGACCCCCGACAAGACCUCGCAUACCUUUCCCUGUCAGGUGACGUCGCCAGAUACACCAAGUGAAAGGAGACCAGAGGCGGCGCCUUUCCAGUUUUCACCACCUCAAGUACACACCGCCUCACCGGAAGCCACCACGAGACCUCACGCCAGGACGCCCAGCCCGGUUCAACCGAUGGCCACUCGGUCCAGACGAACUUCAAGUCCCAAAAUCGGUUCCCCCUGGAAGCAAGCGUCUCCGGACGGCGUAACUCGCGUGCCGAAUAAAGAAGCCGCUUUCAUUCUGGAAAGCGGCGUGCAAUUAACAGAAGGGACGAAAGCCCAAAGUGUUGAAUCGUCUGCGAACGAGACGAGUUCUCCGUCGGAUUCGCGGCCGUCGGAGUCUUCGCAACUCGACCCCGCCGCGGACGACGGUCAUGACAUUGUGGACGCGUCGGUGAUCAAGACGCAGUUUAGCGGCGGCCUCAAGAUGAACAUUUCCUUUUGCCGCAAGCCUUCGAAAUCCACCGAAGAUGUUUUGACCGAGGCCGCCUCCACCAAGGACCCGGUUCUUCAGGCCCAAGCGACGCCCGGUUGCGGCUACGGCUUCCGACAGACGCCCGACCGCCAGCAGCGCGAGGCGGCCGCACGUUUGGGCUACGCCGGUGAAUUCCCAAGGUUCUCAACCCCCCGAGGCCCACCCCGGCAGCAUCGGCAACAAAAAGCUACGCCUUCGCCGAAAUCCGCUUCCUAUCAAGUUGAAAUGGAAAUGCAAACGUCCGGGCUUCCCAAACUCAAAUUCAAACGUACGGACUCCACCGAUGUCAACGAGGUUCUCGCCGAGAACGCUCCUCGCUCGGGAGCUCCGAGUCCUUUCCCCAAGCAUCGAGAUCCCGGUCGCGUCUCGCCGUCCGUCUGCAGCCACGCCACCCCCGCAAAAGGCGGAGUGGUCCAGACCCACAUCUGCCAGUCCUACACGCCCACACGCCACCCCGCCGGGACCACGUCCCCCAGGGCCGUCGCGGACGUCUUCUCCCCGUCGCCUUCCCCGCAGAGUGUGGGGAAAUUGACCCCGGACAACCUGAACAGGUGGCCCCGGAGGAAAAGAGCCCGCACGGGUGCCGUCGGAGCUAAAGAGCCCUCCCGGAAGGGCGAUCUGACAGACGAGGCGGAACUGGGAGUGAGCAGGUUGUCGGACGCGGACGACCCCGACGACCUCUGCGGUAAAGCCACGGGCGGAAUUUUGCCGUGGAAACGAGCGCGCUCGCCUUGUGGGGACGCCUCUCCUCGACAUCCCGACGACGACUGGAUGGCACCUGAGCCUCACCGAGAUGGCGAAGAAAUGAUGUGGACCGCCGUCGGUGGAGACGUCCCGUCCACCACGCCUCCAGGCUCCGUGGUGAGGAAGCCGGUAACAGCCGGUGGGAUUUUGGCCCUCACUCAGUCUCCCUUGCUCUUCAAGGAAAAGCCGGCUUCCGCGAGCAGGAGAACGCCUCGCUUGAAAGACAAACUCGCAGUCGAGAGGAGGACGGAAGCGGACGAGGGCGUGUCGGGCUUCAGCCAGCCCACCCGGCGCUCGGGGAGCAGGAAGAGGCUCCUUCGCUGAUGCGGCCCGCAGGUCAAACUCAUCACACACUUGUUCAUUUGAGGAUUUUUUUUUUUUAAAGCCAACACUUCAAACGUGCUAUGAACAAAUAUGAACAAAUGGCCCUUUUCUCCAACCGUUUAGUUUUCUUCGGAUCCUUUUUAUAUAUUUAUGUAUAAAUGUGUUCAUGGACCAAUUGGGUUCAUUUUUUCAAACGUGUCCUUGCUGGAACAAGUUAAAAAUCUGGAACGAUUUUACUCAACCUCAUUGUGUUUAUUUAUUGGAUGCUACUGUUUUUUUUUUGUUUGUUUUGUUUUUUUCGCAAAUGACAAAACAGAUUUUAAGUCAACGGGAAUGAUUGAAGCUUUUAUUGGUCAUGUAAAUAUUCUACAGUCUUGUAAAUAAAUGCGAGUUUUCAUAACA